GGGUUGCGGCGGCCGCUGCGCGGCUCUGGGAAGGAAUAGGCGGGGAGGCGGUGGCUGCUUGCUGGUUGCUGCCACGGGUCAUGUGACCGGAAGGGCUCCCGACGGACGCCGUCCCUCCUCGGCGCGGCCUGAGUGCCCGGCCCGACCCCGGCCAUGGGGUGCUGCUACAGCAGCGAGAACGAGGACUCGGACCAGGACCGAGAGGAACGGAAGCUGCUGCUGGACCCUAGCAGCCCCCCUACCAAAGCCCUCAAUGGAGCUGAGCCCAACUACCACAGCCUGCCUCCCACUCGCACAGAUGAGCAGGCCCUGCUCUCCUCCAUCCUUGCUAAGACAGCCAGCAACAUCAUUGAUGUGUCUGCCGCGGACUCCCAGGGCAUGGAGCAGCAUGAGUACAUGGACCGGGCAAGGCAGUACAGCACCCGCUUGGCUGUGCUGAGCAGCAGCCUGACCCACUGGAAGAAGCUGCCGCCGCUGCCAUCUCUCACCAGCCAGCCCCACCAAGUGCUGGCCAGCGAGCCCAUCCCCUUCUCCGACCUGCAGCAGGUCUCCAGGAUAGCUGCUUAUGCCUACAGUGCACUUUCUCAGAUCCGAGUGGACGCAAAAGAGGAGCUGGUUGUACAGUUUGGGAUCCCGUGAAGAGAGGGAUCCUUGGACAGCUCUUCUCUUCACCCCGUCUCCACCCUGCCUCCCCUGGCCCCCAGCCUCACUGCGGCUCACACAGUACCCUAACCUGCUACUAAUCACAGAGAAGAGUGUGGAGGAGGAGAAGAGUGAGGCUGGAAGCCUCAGCAAGUGAGGACGGAGCAAGGGAGGGCAGAACCAUUUGGGACUGGUGUUCAUAGCCCUGGCCAGGGAUGAGGUGGGGAGCGAAAGGUUAGGGCCUAGUAGGUCUUCACCGUCACUGGGAAGUUGGAGGUACCACUGUGAGGGUGAUCCCUAGGGGGCCUAUGGGGGCCCCCUUCCCACCCUUUCUCUUGGCCUCACUCCUGUCCCCUUCUCCCUGACUUGGUGCUCACAUGCACCUCACUAGGGUUUGUGACCAGGGUCUGGACGAGCUUGAAUUUGAAUGAAUUGAGUUUGUAUUUCUAGCACCCUGGGUUUUUACAUGUUUGGGGUUUUGGGGUUUUGUUUUGGUUUGUCGCCCUCGAUAAAGGAAGUGUAUUCAUCUGUG